AUGGCACCACAUACACAUCCCCACGUGCCCGCAGUCCCCUCCUCCACUUCCGACAAAGAAAGCGACAAUGACAACGCAAGCACAAACACUGCAAAGCCAGAGCCCAAACCAGCAGAACCCAGCUCCAGGAUUAGCAUGGCCCUCUCAGCGCAGCUGAACCAAGAAUGUAACGAUCUACUCUCCCAGAUCGACGCCUACCAAUCCCUCCUCGCGUCUGCGCUACGGAACCCACAGCUCGUCGAGGUGCGCCAAUUCCGCUCCAGCGUAGUCUCCGAGCUGAAGAUGUUGGAGAAGUUAGGACGGCAGAUUGAGGAGGCGAUUGGAGGGACACCAGGGCCAGAAACAAGUCGGAUGGAAGAUGGUGUGACGGUGUCGCGUGACCCUGAUUUGGAAAUGCGGCUGGUGCAUGCGCUUCGCUCGUCGAAUUUGCCGUUUUACCAGGCUGUCUGGAGAAUCGCGAGAGGGUCUUGUUCUGGGUUGGUUGCGUUGGGUAAGAGAUUUUACUGGGAUGGGGAGACGAAGGCGACGGAGAGGAAGAGUGCCAGUGGGAAGGGGAAAGCUGGUGCUGCGCAGCCAGAGAAAAAGCCUAGCAAAGAUAAGCGCAAGAGUGUGUUUGUGGAUAUUGUGGCUGAUGAUGGGGAGGAGUGGGUGAAGGUGUCUACUAUCUCGGAGAGUCGGCUUUUGUUCGAGAUGGCGAAGAAGGGCUGGGAGGGUGAUAGUGAUGAGGAUGGGUGGUCUGAUGGGGGUAAAGGGCGAACUGUUUUGCAGAACUUUGAUGAAGAUGGGGAUGAAGAUGAAGAUGAUGAGUUGGAGCUCAUUAAGCUGGCCCGGGAUCUAAGGAAGGCGUCUGAUGCUACGCGCGUUAGAUAUAGACAUCCUCGGCUACGGGUUGUUAUACCUAAGAUUGAAGAGGGAAGUGUUCCUGAAAUUGACGCUGUCUUGAACGAGAUGCGGAGCUAUGGUAUUCGGAUUGACUGCCAGGGGAGCCUGCCAGAAGAGACUCGCACCGGGCUAGCCCAUCUCCUGCCUCAACCAUUCAAAAACUUUACCUCGACUCUGAAUGUCGACUGCACUUUACUUCUUGCCUUGGUGUCUGACUUGUCUCACAUCAAGGACAUCCCGCUAUCCCCCCAUUUCCACCGAGCCAUCGUCCGACAAAUCGAAGUUGAGCGGGAAAAACCACUGCUCACUUCCGAGCUCUGGCCGGCUAUGGAUGGUCGGGAGCUCCUAUGCACCACAGAGGCUGCAGUGCGCUUCCAGGAGAUUGUCGAAACCAUUGGGACAGAGACGGAGAAGAGCCGAACCCGCAUGUUGCUGGGGGAUCCACCAUACGAACAACUUGAUCGUGCUGCUAUUCUCCACAAGUUUCAAGAAUUGUCUGAUUAUCAGGUGCCCGCAGAUUGGAAACUCCCCAUCAAAGUUGUUGAAGCCGAGCAAGUGAUCGAUGCGGCCAAGACGCAGGGUGACCUUCAUCCAGUGGUACAUGAAGUCGGGAAAGGCCUAUCGGAUAUCAACCAUAGCGUGUUUUUGUAUGGUUGGGUAACCGGUUUGACGACCAUUUCCAGCAAUCGCACAAUCGACAAGCAAAUCGAAGCCACCGUCGAGGACAACCGGAAAGGCGAUGAUAGCCUAGAAGGCCCUGACGUUUGGAUAUGUGAGACAGCACGAAGUUUGGUGGGCAAGGACAAAGAUCGAAGAGCAUAA